AUGAAGAAUUACGAGGAUUAUCGCUCGCUGAGCGAUAGAGGAGAGCAGAGACGGCACAAAACCCGUAAACAUUCUCAUGGUAAGAGAUCUCGCUCUCGUUCUAACCGUUCCGACAGUCCGCUCAGCAAGAGAUCUAGACGAUCGCGGAUGCAUCGCUCAUCUUCCCACGAGGAUCUCUUGCAUAUUUUCGCGGAAUUUGUUGGCUUCAUGAGACGGCGUAGCAUCCCAUCGUCGAGGGAUUCGGAACAGCGCAUGUCACCGGCGGGGCAGAUUCCUUUCGAGGACCCCCCUCCCUCGUCAGAAGUAUCUGUCGAGGAUGCGAUUAUAAAUCAGGCAGGAGAACAGACGAUCCAUGCACAGGAUCGGGGCGGUGUACCAGACUCAUUUUCUGGCACCGACGAGGUGAGUAAUCUUAUGGUUAUCGAGCAUGAGUCUGUAGAGCCUUCUGGCUCUCCUUCGAUCGUCGAGGAGAAGCCGCGCGGAGAGUCCUCGGAUGCAUUUAUCGGCGAGCUGUUCGGGUCCCAGGCGCAGUCGUCAGCUGCACCAACAUGGCUUCCAGUCAUGCUAAACGCAAUUAAGGCUAUCGUUCGCGCAGGCUUGAACGAAGAUAUUAAGAAAUCCUUGCUUGUCAGGUACGAGCCGAAAAACGAGAUUGCUUUCUUAGCGCCACCGAGGAUAAAUAAAGAGGUUUUACCUAACCUUAGCGCAACAUCCAUUACACGGGACAAAUAUCAGAGUCAAUCGCAGUUAGAAGUAGGAGCCUCGCUGAAUGCUUUGGCCUCUGGUUUUUCCGACCUCGUUAGCCCUGAGCUUCUUCAGGCAUCUCCAGAGGGCAGGUCAGCCAUCUCUAAGAUCGCCGAGGGCAUUCGCUUAUUGGCCGACCAUCAUUUUGGUUUGUCAAAAUCCAGACGAGCCUUUAUAAUCCCCUCUUUAAACCUGCUGGGGAAGACUGCAUCAGACUCGGCUACCUUUGACGAGUUCCUAUUUGGUAACAACUUCUCGGAGGAAGUAAAUGCCGCCCAAAUAAUCGAGAAAGUGGCCAAUAAGAUGGCCAAAAAGAAACAACAGCCCACUCGGAAAUUUCAACCCACAACACAGCACCAGCAGAAACAGCAGAGAAACCAACCGCUUCGCAUUGCGCAACAGGCUGCAAAAAACGCGAAGAAGGAAGCUAUAACCAGGGUCACACCAUCCGAGGAUCAAUUUCUCUCCUCCUUUUUCCUAAUUAAAAAAUCCUCAGGCGGUAUGCGAUUCAUUUUGAAUCUUCGAGAUUUGAACUCGUACAUUACCCCUCCACAUUUUAAACUCGAGGACUGGCGGGCGGUAAUUCGGCUCAUGCUUCCGAAUUUUAAGAUGGCCUCUAUUGAUCUCGAGGAUGCUUAUCUGUUAAUAUCUAUUCAUCAUUCAUGUCGAAGAUUUUUACGUUUUCAAUGGAGAGGUCAGGUGUACGAGUUCACAUCCCUUCCCUUCGGCCUUUCGGUUGCACCGUAUAUUUUUACGAAGAUCCUACGCCCGGUCUUUAGAUCGCUGCGUGCGAAGGGUUUUCAGUCUGUUGUUUAUUUAGACGAUUUUCUGUUAUUAGGCGCCUCGGAGGAGGAGUGUAAUAGAAAUAUUCAGGCCUCGCUUAAGUUACUUUUAUCUUUAGGUUUUCUCAUCAAUUAUACCAAGUCUCAGCUAACACCAUCAUCGAGAUGUAAAUAUUUAGGAUUUAUAUUUGACUCGGAACAACAAGCGGUAUCCAUUCCACCCGCUAGGAGAGAGAACCUCUUCUCCCUAAUUCAGAGGCUAUCUAGAAGAUCUCACUGUACCAUACAAGACUUCGCAAGUAUGAUCGGAUCUUUAGUAUCAAUUUUUCCGGCAGUGCAAUAUAGUCCCCUGUACACCAGACGUUUUGAGAGAGAAUUAUUCUUAGCGUUACGCGCCUCGCGGGGCGAUUAUUCUAGUCGUAUGCUAAUUCCAUCUUAUUUGCAGGAAGAUUUUGACUGGUGGCUAAGAAUUUUUUCUGAUACAAAUCAGAUCAACCCUAUACGUUCGAAGCCUUUUGCUUGUGAGAUUUAUUCAGAUGCAUCCAGGACAGGUUGGGGAGCUGCCUGUGGUAACCAGCGUACUCAUGGCUGGUGGUCAUCUGAGGAUAUGACUCAUCAUAUCAAUGUAUUAGAGCUUAAAGCGGCUUUUUUCGCUUUAAGAUGUUUCGCCAGAGACUACAGAGGCUCUAACAUUCUCCUUCGGAUUGAUAAUACUACAGCCAUCGCUUACAUAAAUAAAUUUGGCUCGGUCCAACAUCCCCUCUUGACGGAGAUCGCCAGAAACGUUUGGAAGUGGUGCGAAAAACGAAACAUCCAUCUUUUUGCCUCCUACAUCGCUUCCAUCGACAAUGUGAUUGCGGAUAGAGAAUCACGCAUCACGAGAAGCGACACGGAAUGGUCCUUAUCUAGUUGGGCAUUCAACCGAAUCAGGGACGUAUUCGGUCCCUUCGAUAUAGAUCUCUUCGCCUCAUUAAUCAAUGCCAAGGUCGAGACCUAUAUCUCCUGGUUUCCCGACCCGGGGGCUUGGGCGAUCGACGCCUUCACCCUGAAUUGGUAUUCUUGGUAUUUUUAUGCCUUCCCUCCAUUCAUCCUACUUCCUAGAAUUUUACGCAAAUUGUGGGACGACGAGGCUACGGGAGUCCUGACCACACCAUCCAGAGUGGAAAAACCUUUCCCUGGUAGCAGGGAGAUUAUCAGGCAAGCGUUCUUAUGGCAAUCGGUACCGCCAUCGGCUGUAGACACCAUGAUCGCUUCACUUUCUCCGGCCACGAUUAAACAAUACGCUCGUCCACUCAGGAUCUGGUGGGAUUUUUGUCAGAAGCAUCAGGCGAUACCUUUCUCCCCCAAGGUCGACGAGUUUCUAGAAUUUUUAUCUCAAGAAACAGGAAACACUGGAUCUUACUCAUCGUUCAAUACAACCCGCUCAGCGGUUUCACUUAUCACAGUCAAUGCUAUAGGCAAUCAUCCUUUAGUAAGGCGUUUUGGUAAGGGUAUCAGUAUUAUUAAACCGCAAAAACCACGUUACGAUUUCAUCUGGGAUCCAGCCCCAGUUAUCUCCAAGUUGGCUAAACUUUAUCCUCACGAGUCAUUGUCAUUAGAGAUUGUCACGAGGAAAUUAGUCCUCCUCCUAGCGCUAGGCUCGGGUCAACGUACGCAGACUCUAACGACCAUAAGAAUUUCACAAAUUUUGUUUGACCAAGACAAGCUAAUUAUUAAGAUCCCGGAUCGCUUGAAAACGUCCGCUCCGGGUCGAGCCCAACCAUUACUUACCUUCUCUUAUUUUUCCGAUCGUCCAGACUUAUGCAUUAGUAAUAUUUUAAAACAUUACCUACAGCGCACUAAGGAUCUUCGUCCACCCGGAUGCGAUUCUUUGUUUAUUUCAUUUAUGAAGCCUCACAGGCCAGUAGGAACCCAAUCAAUAAGUCGAUGGAUUCGCAAGGGAUUGGAGGAGUGCGGGGUGCGAGCGGACCUUUUUUCGGCUCACAGCACCCGCCAUGCUUCCACUUCCCUCGCGGCCAAAAAGGGCCUUUCACUUGAUCUCAUCAAGCGAGCAGCCGGGUGGUCGGGAGACUCCCAGAUUUUUGCGAGGUUUUAUAACCGCUCAAUUGUCAAUCCAGAGGCUUUUAGUGACUCCGUCCUAUUAUCAUAA